GCGCUACGCCUGCCUAUGAUGAAGGCACAGGCUUCUGCAUCGGCGGCACGUUGGUUGAACCUUGCAGCUGCGUGGAAGGCUACGCGCCUUACCUCGCCAGGUACUAUGUCGGAGAUGGAGAUGAUGUAUGGUCCCUUUUCGCAUGCUGCUCAGACAGCGGCGGCGCGCCUGCGUGUGGGGAGGCGGCCCUUCUCGACGUGUUGGCUCCAGUGUAUCUCAGCACCGGUCUGCUGGGAGUCUUCAUCUGCACCUGGCUAAUCAACGCAAAACCCAUGGUGGACACGCUCAGGCCAGAAGACUUGAUGAGCCCUGUGCCACGCAACGGUGCCGAGAUUCACGACAUGGUGGGGAUGGAAAAAUGGUGUGUCUCCCUAGGUGAUUUGCAACAGUUUCGCCGGUUGGUUCUUCAUGCAAUCCUGGACGGCAAGAUCACGCCCACAGAGGCCGAUCCCUUCGACCCACGGGACUCUUUGAAGGGUCCAACCAUGUACACGGUGACGGAGCAAUACAUCAAGCCUGUCACAGAAGCCGCAGGCGGCAUGAGUUGGGCACUCAUGAAGCAUCCGGAAGGUUUGGAAUGCGAUCUGUUUAUCACCCAUGGCUGGGCAGAAGGGGUCUUUGAGUUCAUGGACAAGGUGAGCUAUAGUUGGCCCAAGGGCGCCACAGCAGCCUACGUAUGUUUUUUGUCCAACCCGCAGAACUUGGACAUCACCCACCUCAUCGCGACUCCCGAGCAAUCGCCCUUUGCUCGUGCCUUGAGGGUUGCAAAUCAGAUGUUGGUGGUUCCAAACCAGCAGGUCAGCAUCUACACGCGCAUUUGGUGUGUUUAUGAGGCAUUUGUAGCCUACAGCCUGGAAAAGCCGAUUCGCACAGCGCUGGCACCUGUGACCAAGUUUUGGCCGGGGAGUCUGCGCAUGUUCUACACAACCGUGGCCUUUCAGGGGCUUGGCUUUCUUGCAUUCAAGCAAAUCCCUCCUCUCCAGUGGGGGAUGCUACCGGCCCCAAAUAUACUGACAAUGGCUGCAAUGAUUACCUUCUGCUGGGGGCUCUUCGUCAAGGCGAAGUGGCCCCAGAGCAAACUGCAUUUGGGCAGCAUCCACGUGGGCUACGCCUUCGCCUCCAUGGGGGGACUCUCAUCUGGCUAUUUGUUUGGAUUCGGGAGUGCAUACAGCGCGUGGGGGACUUUGUGGUUGCCCUUCCUGGCCAGUGCCCUCGAGACGGAUCGCCUCCUAGCGAAAACCGCGUCGAGACAGUCAAGGCAGCUAAGGGAUGGAUUCAAGGGCAUUGAUGGCGCACGGAGUUCCAACCGAGCAGAUCAGGAACGCAUUCUUAGCGACAUUCAUGCCCGAGGUGCUGGAAGAGACGUGGACGAAACCAUUUCCGUGCUUUUAGACAUGGGCCACUCAUAUCCUGAGCUCCAUGCAGUCGCGAAGUGGACUGGGCCCCUGGGAGACAUUUCCACCUGGAGCCGGGCCAUGAUCCUUAUCGCCUUCACGCUUGGGAUCUACGUGGCCAACGAGGCGUGGUUUGCCAGGAACUUCAUCAGUUUCACAUGCAUUGCGCUCGAGAUCCUGACGUUUUUCAUCGCCUUCCCCUUUUUCCCCCCACACCGGAAGGCCUUCGCCGAGAAAAGUCAGAUCGUUGUGAUUGUGGUCCUCCUCUUUUUCUUGCUCACCAACGCUUGGGAGAGGACUUUUUCGGCUCCUUACGUGUACGCCUUCUUCCUGGGCCCACUGAUGUUGAGCAUGUCCGCUGCAGGACCCGCUAGGGUUGCGCAGGUGCCUUUCCUUGGGGCGCCGGUUGUUCGCGCACUCUUUGCGCGGAACCCUCUUCGAGUACCCAAGUUGAACCCGCAGCCGAGCAAUUCGACGGCAGAGGUCGUGGGAAAGAAAGAAGCGGAGGAUGAACACACGGUUGCAGUUGUGGUUUGA